AUGCCGAUGUUUCAAGGGUCUUCUCUUCUCCCUAGCAAAUCCCUAGCGAUGGAAGCGACGGACCUUGGCACACAUAGAGGCUUUUCCUCUCUCAAUUUCGAUGAUAUCGAAAGGCAGGCUCCUAAGGGUCCCCCAUUCACUAAAAGACCUGAAUCCUCCAACAUCAAAUGCCACGCCUUUAGCCGAGAUCUACCCCUCAGACAUACCCUUCGCGAUUACUUCCUCUCCGAAAUUGACACCACAUGGAGUGACCUCCCUCUGAUAGGCUGUGGAUAUGUGAGCGGCUUGAUCGACGCGCUAUCAUACAAUGCGUGGGGAAAUUUCUCGAACAUGCACACGGGUAAUACUAUUUUCAUCGCUUUAGGAGUGUCCGGGAAGCCCGACUCCCAACCUAUGCUGUGGGCCAAGGCUCUCGUUGCCGUUGUAGUGUUCCUACUCGGCAACGUUUUUUUCGUCUACGGCUCGCGAUACCUAGGUCCUCUCCGACGCUUCACCUUGAUUGUGUCUUUUGCCAUUCAGACAUCCCUCCUCGUCGGAGCCGCCCUUCUUGUCCAAGAACGGGUUGUUAGUCCCCGUCUGGACCAUCGGACUCCGAUUGACUGGCUUCAGGUUCUCGCAAUCUCGUUGAUUGCGUUCCAAGCUGCAGGUCAAAUUGUUGCCUCGCGAUUCUUGGCCUUCUCAGAGAUCCCCACCGUUGUUCUAACCGUUCUGGUCUGCGACUUAUUUAUUGACACCGAGCUAUAUCGGCGUCCCUGGAGCUCGAAUCCGAAACGAAACCGAAGAUUAGGUGCCUUACUCUCGCACUUUCUAGGAGCCAUGACUGCGGGUGGAAUGGCGAAGGAGACCGGGCUCGCAAGUGGCUUGUGGCUUGCCAUAGCUCUGAAGGCUUGUAUUACCAUAGGGUGGUUCUUGUGGAGGAGGAAAGGCUGGGACGGAUCGCACAUGUUAGGCAGUGCCCAGUAA